UAAAAGCCAAGACGAGAAAUUGACCUAAGCUUUUCUCUCUCUCUCUUUUUGCUUUGCUUCCGUAAUUCCUUGAGUUAGAAGCUUCCCUGUUGUGGGUGUGCACUUCGGUUGCGGUUUAGAUGCCUCCUAAGGGCUCCAAGAAACGGAGUAAACCUGAUUCAGUUACCUCUUCGGCCACUGAUCCCGUUUCUUCAGCCUCUAGUAAGAAAACGUCGUCCAAAGAGAUGGAUGGAACAGAUCAAUUGUUUGCUAUGUAUGCUAAUACAUCUUCUGGUGUCAUUGAUCCAGAAGGAAUUGAGAAACUUUGCGCCAGUUUGAAAGUUCCUCAUACCGAUAUCAGGAUCUUGAUGCUAGCUUGGAGAAUGAAGGCUGAAAGACAAGGUUACUUCACCAAGGCUGAAUGGAGAAUAGGACUCAAGGCGCUAAAAGUUGACACGAUCACAAAAUUGAAGAAAGCCCUUCCAGAGCUCGAGAAAGAGGUCAGAAAGCCAUUGAAUUUUGUAGAUUUCUAUGCUUAUGCCUUCAAGUAUUGUUUGACAGAGGAAAAACAGAAGUUCUUAGACAUUGAGACUAUAUGCCAACUCCUAGAUAUGGUCUUAGGAUCAACAUUCCGUGCCCAGGUUGACUACUUUGUCGACUAUCUAAAGGUUUGGGCUCCACCUUUUUGUCUUCAAACAUCUUCUUUAUCUUUCCUCCAAAGUGUUUAUCAGAUGCAAAACGUAUGUUCUCAUUAUGAACAGAUCCAGAAAGAUUACAAAUCCAUCCACAUGGACCAAUGGAUGGGAUUCUAUCGAUUCUGCAAUGAGAUAAGUUUCCCAGACAUGACCAACUACAAUCUAGAACUUGCUUGGCCAUCAAUUCUUGACGACUUUUUUGAGUGGUUGCGCGAAAAGCAAGCUUGAAAGUCACACAAUCACAUUCAAAUGCUUCUGCUCUUGUCUUAUGCUUUGGUUUUGUUGACUCAUGUUGCUUUUUCAUCAUUAAGUUUUUUGUUUGCAAAUUGUAUUUUAUUAUUUUUUAAAUUUCUUGGAUAGAUACUGCAGAAAG